AUGUUGUCACAGGCUAAAACAUCAAGAGUGUCUAUCCUUGUUCUGGUAUUCUAUACCAAUAUGCUGGACAAUCUCCUUCUGACAGCAGUGGUUCCUGUCAUUCCGGAGAUUCUCAUAGACUUGGAUAAGAAAACAUUAGAGGAUACAAUACGCCAGGAACAUUAUUCAAACUACAUAAAUGUUACGGAUACGGUGUUUAUACUGAACCAGGAUGUGAAACAACUAAACAACGUCACUUCCGGAACUAAUAUUGGAUUAGCCAAACGGCUACUCAUGUCCUUCAGCGCUGUGGAUGAAAACAGCAGAGUAGGAUGGUUGCUAUCAUCUAAAGCUUUAAUACAGAUCAUCGCUAAUCCUAUUGCGGGGAUGCUUUGUAAUAGGUUUGGAUAUCCCAUUCUGCUAUUUAUUGGAACAAAUACAUUACUCCUUUCGUCUUUGAUCUAUAUAUUCGCGGCGUCCCUGGUGCCAUUGCUGUUGGCCAGAUGUAUUCAAGGGAUUGGCUCCGCUGCUUCCACAAUAGCAGGAAUGAGUUUACUCGCCGAUCGUUACCAGGACGACAAAGAUAGAAGUCGUGCCAUGGGAAUGGCGAUGGGUGGAAGUGCGUUAGGUGUUGUUGUUGGGUAUCCCUUCGGCGGUUUCCUGUACACAUACAGCAGCAAAUAUACUCCAUUCGUAACCAUAGCGACGUUCGUGGUUUUGGACAUUGUAUUACAGUUAGUGAUUCUGCGACCAACACUACACCAGAAGUUGACAAUAGUGGGUACACCACUCCAUCGCCUGGUGAGGGACCCAUACAUACUUGUAGCAGCAGGCGCUGUGAUGCUGACGACCACAGCCAUGGCGACGCUGGAGCCGACAGUCCCUAUAUGGAUCAUUGAUAAAAUGCAUGCUCAAAAGUGGCAGCUAGGUUUGGUGUUCUUGCCAGAUAGCAUUGGGUAUUUCGUCGGUGCAAACUUUUUUGGAGUUGUUGCUAAACGAAUGGGAAGAUGGGUGUGUUCGUUAUGCAGUAUGCUGUUAAUUGGUAUAUGCCUAUCGCUUGUCCCUCUUGCUAGCAGUGUUACUGAGCUUAUCCUUCCUCACUUCGGUCUAGGACUUGGCUUAGGAGUAACUGACGCUGCCAUCAUGCCGUUACUCGCUCUACUGGUGGACACACGUCACGUGGCAGUGUAUGGGAGUGUAUAUGCCAUAGCACAGCUUGCGGUCUGUCUAGCUUACGGCAUAGGUCCAUCAAUUGCUGGGCAGAUUGUAAAGCUUGUAGGAUUUUCAUGGCUAAUGUGGGGAAUAGCUAUCAUCAAUAUCGCAUUCAGUCCUUUGUGUAUUCUUCUGCGAGAUCCCCCACUGAAAGACGAAAAUAAGCCUAUACUGGAAAGCCUUGAGAAAAUGGACAACUACUCGGACAUCAAAUCUGAAUAAACGGACGGCGAUACACAUUAAACUGCAACCUGAUUGAAACAGAAAAUUGAAAACAUUAUUGUUUUGUUUGACACAUGGUUAUAAAUCAAAGAUUAAUAUAAUAUUUCCUACCAUGUGUCAUUGUCAAACAAUGUUAUAUAAUCAAACAAUACCAAUAUCAAAUCAAGUUUAUGUAUGAAAUAUUCAAUAAAUUUGAGAAAAUGACAAAAAACGAG